UUAAUGAGAGAAAAUAGUCUGCGAGCCUAUACGUAGUGACGACAGACGAAAACUGCGGGCCCGGAUUGCAGCAGCCCCUUGUCACUGUGACGAAGAUUGGCACUAAGGACUGGUAGGCACAGGUCUUGGACUGGAAUGCCCGAGUAUUGGCAUCAUUGGCAGCGACCAUGAUGGAAGCCCAUUCGGCAUCUCUAGAUGAGUACCCGGAGGUGGAUGAGGUCUUGGUGCAGAUGCGCGUGGGAGCGGAUGUGGAGGGGGAUCCAGAGCAGAGUCUGAGCGAGGGGGGAGCAGGCAGCCCCUCUGCCAUGCAGCCCCAGACGCCCAUGGACACAGACAAGCAGGCCAUCUACAGGCACCCCCUGUUCCCUCUGCUGGCCCUACUCUUUGAGAAGUGUGAGCAGUCGACUCAGAGCUCGGACUGCGUCAGCUCUGCCAGCUUCAAUGUGGACAUUGAGAACUUUGUCCGUAGCCAGAAGAAAGAGGGCAAGGGCUUCUUCUGUGACGACCCAGAUGUGGACAACCUGAUGGUGAAGGCCAUCCAGGUGUUGCGUAUCCACCUCCUGGAGCUGGAGAAAGUGAGCGACUUGUGUAAGGACUUCUGUAGCCGCUACAUCGCCUGCCUGCGCACCAAGAUGAACAGUGAGACCCUGCUGAGUGGGGGAGAAACUGACAGCCCCUGUUCCCCUGUCCAGAUUCAGACCUCCAGCCCACUGACAGGAACCCUCAGCCCUCAAGGCAUUGUGAUGUCAGCCUCGGCCCUGCAGCAGGGCAACGUUACCCUGACAACAGUCAAUUCUGCUGGCCAAGUGUUAGCAGGUAUGUCUCCGUGGCAUACCACCUCUACAGGUGGUACAGUGUACCAGCCCAUCACAGUAGUCACUCCUCAGGGACAAGUGGUUGGACAAGCUAUCUCACCCCAGACAAUACGCAUCAACAACACACAGCUCCAGUUGCAGCUCAAUCAGGACCUGAGCAGUUUCUUCACCCAGGAGGACAGCUCACCCAAGAGCAACAAGAGGGGCGUCCUGCCCAAAUCAGCCACCAACAUCAUGCGCACCUGGCUCUUCCAGCACAUAGGGCAUCCCUAUCCCACAGAGGAUGAGAAGAAACAGCUCGCCAUACAGACCAACCUGACCCUGCUGCAGGUCAACAACUGGUUCAUUAAUGCUAGGAGGCGGAUACUCCAGCCCAUGAUGGACAGCAGUGCGUCGGACACGCCCAAGAGCAGGAAGAGGACUCCCCAGAGCCGGCCCACCCAGCGUUUCUGGCCCAUGGCCAACAACAUUGCCUCGGCCGGUGUAGGGCAAGAGGUGGCCAUGGACGAUGAUGUUACCAUGGUGACGAUGGGCAUGAGUGUAGACGAGCUGCAGACUCUGACAUCAGACGGUGCAACACUGGCCAUGCAGCAGGUGAUGAUGGGAGGACACAGCGAGGAGGAGGAGGGCGAGAGUGAGGAGGAGGAAGAAGAGGAGGAGGGGGGUGACAUGGCCGGAUUGGAGUGACAUACCACUACAGCGGGAUGUGAUGUCACACCCUCGUGCAUGCCUGUGUUUGACAAUAUUACUCAACACUCAUCAGUGUCCAAGACUAUCCACACUAGGCCUUUAAGGUCCUACUAGAAACAGAGAAAAAAAUAUGCUAUUUUUAUAUGUAAAAUGUUUGGAAUGAAGGCUGUUUAUUUUCAUUUAGCUUUUUUGCUUAGUGUUUUUAUUUUUAGAUCUUUUUUUAAAGAAUAUUUAUGUAUGAACAUUGAAUGUCCAAUAUGGCUGACCUGCUUUUCAAGGUCUGUUGGAUUUCUCUAAUAAUAAAAUGUUCAAGAAGGA